UCACACCGGGGAGCGAAACGGCGGGACCGGAUGUUAAAGCUGAAAUGGAGCCGAUAGAGUUCGGGAUUAUGAAGUGUAGGCGAGUUUUAUUUUAGUUUCCCUUCCUGUGGUGACGCUGAGGCGAGGAGAUGAACUGACUGGAGUUAUUUGGACUCCGCUGUGGUAAAUAAUACCGGAAAUGGAUCUGUUUGUGUGGGUUUUGUUCCUGUCAGUGAGUAAAGUGAGCUGUUCAGCUGAUGAAUGCAGCUGGAGAGGAAGCGGUCUCUCUCGGCCAGAGCAAGGUGUUGAACAGGUGUUCCUGCGCUGCGCUGAAGGCUCCAUCGAGUUCCUCUACCCCACCGGAGCCCUGCGGCUCACUCUCUUGCCCCACCUACCCGGACACAGACUGGGCGGGGUCAGCGGAAUGCCCUCAUCUGUCUGCAUCAAACCGGAGUCUCAGUGGGGCGGAGCCCAGCUUUACCUGGAGAGAGGCGGAGUCCUGAGGCUACUAGUGAGCGACACACCUGGUCCCUCCCAUAUUCACUGUUUCAGCAUCACUCCUGGGGAAAGCACCGCCCUGUUUCUGCAGGCCACGCCCCACAGUGACAUCAGCAGGCGCAUUGCAGCAUUCCGCUACGAGCUGAGGGGGGAUUGGACAGCGCGGCUGUCCGUCAGCUCUUUGGACGCUGACACAGAAGAAGGAGUGUGCAGGCCGUGCAAUGACACAGAAAUGCUGAUGGCCAUGUGCACCAGUGACUUCGUGGUGCGUGGGAAUAUCCGUGCGGUGGAAGCGGAUCCGGAGAAGCGCGUGUCAGUAAUCAGGGUGAGUGCAACACGCGUGUACCGUCAGAAGUGGCCUCUGUUCUCCAGCGUGGGCCGUCUCUCUCACUCCGGAGAGAUCCGAACACUGUUGCGAUGUGGUGUCCGCGCUGGCUCCGGAAGCUUCCUCUUCACCGGACACGCCCAUUUUGGGCAGGCCUGGCUCACCUGCGCACCCAGGUUUAAGGACUUCCUGAGAGUGUAUGAGCGUGCUAAGCAGGACCUGCAGAUCCCUUGCACCCUCGACACCUGACAUUGACAGUCAGGAUGGGAGAGUGAGACAGGACAAUGUCAUCUCGGGGGGGGGGGAGAGAUUCAUCAUCAGAGAGAUGCAAAACACCAUCCUCAUGGAGAUGGUGAUCCAAAGAGAAGGACAACAAAAUCUUGAUCUUAAUGGAAAGACACAAAAUGGGAUCUUAAUGGGAAAAGAGAGAGAGAGGCGCACAAAAUGGCGUCCUCAUGGAGAGGCGCACAUACACACCCAACAUGUUAGAAGUAGAGACCUGUUGGAGAGAGAAGAGACCGAACAAUAGCACUGUGUUACUUCGACAGACAGAAAUGUGUAUCUCUGAGUAAGACAGUGAAAGUGAUACCUGUUCAGAGGUCAUGACCCUCCGACUGUACGAGACACUCCUCUGUCCUGGAUCACGUGUGUCUCUCUCUCUCUCUCUCUCUCUCUCUCUCUCUCUGAUGCUGUGCAGUGAGACACGAUGCCUCAGGACUCUGACAUAUAAGCUAUAAACGAAGGAUAUGUAGCGUGACGCACUUGUCAGUAUUCACACCCCUCAUGGGUUAAAUAUAUCACAUAUAAAUUUGCACUGAGGAUGAGGAGGGAGCUGAAACCAAAUGAAAGCAGACAAUAUGUAGCGCGCGCACACCACUGACAUUUUAACAGUAAAUCCUAGCUGGAGUCUUGAUCCCUGAUCUAAUCAGCAUCCUGAACUCAUCCACGCUGUAACGCACACUGUUCACGACAUGUGCUAACGCAGGAUAAAUCCGCUUCAGUGCGAAGCUAGCAUUAGAUUUGACCCAAACAGAACCCUGCUAGCAUGCUAAUGUUAAACUGUGAGAACGAACUGGAACAGAUGUUGAAGCACUUUCACAGCACCUCUGUUCACACGACUUAAAUAACUUUGAGUGCGUUUUUAUUGAAACGGAACAGAUGUUUAUUUUUAUUCUCAUUUGGAAAAAAAUCUGGAUUGUAUUUACUUGACGUUGCUGUAUUCAUUUUAUUUUUUUUAGAAGAUGUCUAUGAUGUAAGAGAAAUAUAUUUAAUUUACCUGGAGAAGAUUUUCUGCGAUUUUAUUACAGAAUGGAGAGAGUAUGCUGAUAAUCUGAUCUAUACAAUACAUCACGAUAUUCAUCUCGGUGGUCAGCUCAGAUGGUCACGGAUCUGUUCUUGACCUUUACUCAAAAUCGAUAUUGUGUUAAAUGUUUUAUUGUGCACUAUACCAGUGGAGACAGAAACCAAACAGAACUCUGAGCCGCUUCUUACUGCUGUGUGUGUGUGUGUGUGUGUGUGUGUGUGUGUGUGUGUGUGUGUGUGUGUGUAAGAUGUUUUAGAGGAGAGAAUAUUGUAUACAUAUGACUGAUUAAACUCAUUUUAAUGAA